GGGGGGCGCUGUCUCCCGGACCUCGACCUCAGCAGCCUGUGCCUCUUUAGUGACGUAGCGAAAAGACGCCACACAGCUGAGGUGUCUCUUGUCUCCUGGAGGAAUGGGUGAAUCACUCUCCGGCUUUCUUCCAGCUCUGCUCCUGGUUCUGUCCGGUGUGUGUGGACUGACCGUCGGUACCGAGCUGAGCUUUGUGACGUGCGGCUCCGUCCUCAAACUGUUGAACCUGAAGCACAAUGUGAGACUUCACUCGCACGACGUGCGCUACGGCUCCGGUAGCGGGCAGCAGUCUGUAACAGGGGUCACUGCAGUGGAAGACAGCAACAGCUACUGGAGUGUUCGUGGAACCGGUGACGUCUUCUGUCAUCGUGGUACCCCGGUAAUGUGCGGGCAGACAAUCCGCCUCACCCAUGUCAACACAGGCCGAAACCUGCACAGCCACUACUUCACCUCACCGCUGUCCUCGAAUCAGGAGGUGAGUGCCUUUGGUGAGGAGGGGGAAGGGGACCACCUCGACGAGUGGACGGUUCAGUGUGGGGGAUCCGUGUGGAAACGCGAGGAGGCCGUCCGCUUCCGUCACAAGGCCACGGAGGCACUGCUGUCAGUGACGGGGGAGCAGUAUGGACGGCCAAUCCACGGUCAGAGGGAGGUUCAUGCCAUGUCGAGCCCCAGCCAGCACAGCCUUUGGAGGGCCAUGGAGGGCAUCUUCAUGAAGCCCAGCGAGAGCCCGGCGGGCAGCCGAGACUACAGUCACCUGCACACAGAGUUCUGAUCUUUUCUUCCCUUCUUCUGUCUCUUCUCAUUAUCCUCCCUGUCUACUAGGGCUAAACAAUGUCCCAAAAAUAUCACAUUGCAUUGAUUUUGAGAGAUCUUGGAAUACGAGUCACGAUUUCUGCAUUGAAUUUUCCAUGAAACAAAUAUAAACAUAAUGAUAAUGGGAUUUGUUUUUUUUCUGGGAUCUCUCUCAAACAAGCAUGUUCUCUUACAACUGGAGAAUGUGAUUUGCAGGUCGGGUUUCUCUCUUUCUCUAACACCACAAUUAUUUAUAUAUAAUAGUAUGUUAUGACAUAUUUAUCUUAAUGAAAAAAUUGGAUUUUGCACUCGGCCAUAUUGCAAUUUCGAUAACAUUUCAAUGAAUUGUUCAGCCCUAGUGUCUACCUCUGUAUUCCUACCUCUGUCUAUAAUUACAUCUGCACCAGCAGCCACCAAAUGCAUAUGUGUCCUAUGUUCCUCUCAUCCUUCUCCCUCAUUAACCCCUGACUGUCGUUUUUUGAAGAGACUGUGCCAAAACUCUGUCAUGGAUCAGGGUACAAUUAUUUCAUCCCACCAAUCCAGACCAACCUCUCUGACUUUCUGACAGUAGUGUUUCAAAAUAAAUGUCCACGUGUAAAGUAUACGUGGAGAUGAAUAUUUGAAACACUAUUGACUUUUUCAAAUAACACUAUAAUUUGCCUUAACAGGCACAUAUAGAAAUAAAGGUAUUAAAAUGCAGCUUCUCUGUAUGAAGACUGCACAAGGAGAGAUUUUCUUCACAGCUGUUAUUUAUUGCUAAAUAACUUCCGUCUGCCAGCACACUACAACACAGAAGGCAGAUCAGUACAUUGUGUUUCGCUGGACAAAAAAAAACAUUUGUUACAAUUGUGCCUUUGUUUUGUUUUUAAAAAAAAGGAGGUGUUUACAUUGUGAAGCCUUUUAAACUUUUGGAAACGUAAGAGUUUUACUGUGUUUUUAUGGUAUUUUUAAGCCAUAUUCUACUCAAACAGUGAUAAGCAGUGUUACUAUGGUAAAUUCCUUUUUUCCCUUUAACUCAGUGUAGCAUUUAAAUAAUCCCGCACUAACUGACGUGAGAGGAUAAGCAGUUUUGUCCUUGGUGGUAAUUCUUGUUUUCAGCGUUCUACAUCAAUGAACUGCUGUUUAUUGUCUUUGUCAGUGUCCGUGUGCUGGGAGAAAGUGUUUCAUGCUGUCUGUACGAGCGUAUGCGUUGGAUCAACUCUUUGUUUUGGAGGUUCAUGUGACGAAAUAACAAGCCUGCAAUGAAUACCUCAUAUUAAAGAGAUUUUUUUAUGCACAAA